AUGGGUUGUGCAAAAUCAAGACCAAGAUCUUCCGAAGAAGUAAUAAUAUCUCUCGCCGAAGAAGGCUUAGGAUUCCAAGACCUCAACGUGAAUCUAAUAGACAACACAUUCAGAAAGUUUAGCCACAUGGGAAGAAUCAAUCAAACCCAGCUCAAAAGAAUUGCAAAACAGCUCAAAAUCAAUAUAGUUGACUAUGGUCCUCAUACCAAAAUUAACGAAAUGUUUUAUAACCUGAGAAAACAAGAAGGAGAAUAUUUCUUAAAAGACCUGCUUAUUAUAGGCAUUUUGCUAGGAAAAGGAAGUCAUCAAGAAAAAGCGAGCUUGCUAUUCCAGGUUUUUGAUGAAAUAUCAGAAGGCGCUAUUGAAGUCAGUAGAAUAAGAAAUCAGAUACUAAAAUCUAUGUUCGAACAUUGUGUUAAUAGCCUUGGAAACCUGGUCACCCCAGCACAGUGCUCUGAAUCGCUUGAGCUGAAAAAUAAAAAAUAUUUGGACGAGCUCAGACAGAUUGAAGCUGACGCAAUUAAGAAAAUUUCUGAUGGGCUUAUAGCUGAUAAAACUCUCAAGGUUAUUGAUGAGGCUGAGUUUGUGAGAGCAAUGUGCGAGUUUGAAAUGGGAAAUCUUCUUUCUUCAGCUGGAUUCAGAAUGUACUUUAAAGAAGUCUUUGUCAUAUCUCCUCCGAAGAAGGUUUGGGCGAAUCCAUUUGGAAAAAAGAAAUAA